CUAACGUCCCAACACACAUAAUCUUCGUUUGAAUCAAGAUGGCGGUCGAGGAACUUUUGAGAGAGCUGUUUUUCAACCCAAUAAAUCUCGUAUUACUGUCCGUUUGUGGGUUUUUGGUGUACAAAAUCUUUGUUGGGAGUAGAAGGAAGCCAGAUCCACCGAGAGACCCACCACUCCCGAAAAUGAAGAAGAGAGAUUUCACCCUGCAAGAAUUGAAAGAAUACGACGGUACCGGCCCAGACAAACGAGUGCUAGUGGCUGUGAACGGCAAAGUUUUUGAUGUAUCACGGGGAAGGAGAUUUUACGGACCAGGGGGUCCGUAUGGUGUUUUUGCUGGUCACGAUGCUUCCCGUGCCUUGGCAACAUUCUCUUUGGAUAAGGAUUCUUUCAAAGAUGAAUAUGAUGACCUUGCUGAUCUAGACAAGGAAUCUUUGGAUGGCGUCCGGGAAUGGGAAAUGCAGUUCAUGGAAAAAUAUGACUAUGUCGGCAAGCUGUUGAAACCAGGGGAGGAGCCCACAGAAUAUUCAGAUGACGAAUCUGCUACAGAUACAGAGAAGAAAGAUAACUAGGCACAGUGUAAUGUGGGAGAGCAACAACACACCACAAUAUGAGCAAGUAAAUUAAUUCAGUGAGCUUUCUUGGAAUUUGGAAUAUUCUGUUCACUUUGUCAAUAUUCAACACCAAAUUUUGAAGCAUUCCAUGUUUAAGAAUCUUCGCAGCCCUGAUAUGCAGUCGGACUAAAUUAUACAACUUGUCAUCCAAGUUUCAAGUUUCAUGCAUAGCUCUGUGUUCAAGGGAUCCUGCAUUCCCAUUUAUUCUCAGUAAAAUGCAUAGGUUAAGAUAUCUUUCUUUGACAAUGCAGUAACUGUGCCUCAUUAAGAUAUUUCAUUUUUGGUGUACUACUUUGCAGUACAAUUUUAUCCUCGCCUUUACCAAAACAGAGCGUGUCUACCCAAGCAAGAUAGUCUGCAUAUUCUAAAAUAUGAGUUAUACGUAAGUGACUAAUAAGGUAUUUCGAUUAAAAAGUAGUUUGCUCUGUAAUUUUUAUCACUGCAUGUUGUGGUGUGUUGUACAGUGGACCACCUCAAGGACCAGUUGGAUUAAAAUACUGGUGCCAGUAAAAAGAUCACACUAUCAUUACAUGGUGGCUGUCUUAUGCAGGAAGACAAUUACUUUUUAAAAAUAUAUAAGACACAUACAUGUACAACAUGUACACAUUAGGCCUUUUCGCACUAGAACAGCUUGUUGCUAGUGUCUAGGGGUUUCUUAUCCAUGUCUAUGAAGCUACAACCCUGCUCUUUCACACGACAGUUCUUGCCACCAGAGAAGAUGUCUGGCCCUGGAGACAACAAUUUCAAGCCUGAUCCUGAGCAGGGUUGAGCUCUCCCCGGGAGAUAACAAUCUCAGGGGUGGCUCAGGCUGAGAAUUUAAAGUGUGAUUCAUGGCUUAUAUUAACCCCAGUGUCGCCCGGCGGCCGGGGGCCACUCCCAAGAUUUUGUCUAGUGUGAAAAGGCCUUUAGCUGACUAGUGGCGUAAGCAUUCAGCUAAACUUGUCAUUCAGAAGAAAUGAAAAAUGAAGAUUCAAUCUCGUAAAUAAAUGAUAGUCAUUCUUAAAGUUGGAGCGUUAUUCAAUUGUUUUGUUUUCCUUACAAUCGUGUUGGGUCUUUAAAAGACCAAAACCUCUAUGUUUUGCACAAUGCAAAUCUUUCUCAUGUUCUACACAAUUUCACUUUUUAACCAACUGUAUACGUGUGUACGUAGGAUUUCCUCUUUUUCUUUCUUUCUUAACACUCCUGUGGUCUGAUUUCUGGACUUCCUUCAACUGUUUU